UUGUAGCAAGUCUCUGUCACCAAGGAGAAGAGAACAGCACUUAAGGAAGGAAACAAAACCCUAGGCUGUCUGGAGCGGUGAUUUCCCUUUGACAGUGAUCCAGGCUCCACGCAGCCACACUAGGAGAGGUAGAGGGGUUUCUGAGAGUCCCAAGGGGGUGGGAGCUCUGGGUGCAGGGGGACAGCCCCAGUUCUUUGCUGAAGAAAGAGGCAGAGUUCAGUUCCCAGCAUAGGAAUGUGGAGUGGGAGCUGCUGCAGGCGGGUUCCUCCAGGAGGCUGGGGCAGCGAUGGCUCUGGCGCAGGAAUGAGGCGUGAGGACAGCACCUUCCAGCCGAGGGACUGAGGGGGGGUCACAGUUCGGAGGUGCUGAGUGUCUGCGUGUGGGAUGGACGAAGGAACUUGCUGUCCCCUAAGGAAUCUGUGGGAUUGCAACGACUUUGCGAUGACUAAGGGACCGAGUGGAGCUUUGUCACCGGUGAACUUGCCGCCACUCAGGAAGGGAGGGAAACUGUGACUUUUCCAGCCUAGCUCUGGAGCGUCCAUUGCAUGUUGCAAUUUGGUGAGAGCCGUGGAGAUGCAGGCCCCGAGGGCAGGCCCAUGAGAACCUGCUCUGGUGGCGGAGAAGUGGAAACUCGCCACACCUGGUAAGUCUGGAACCGGACCAAGAUUUGGACUGCACCUGCAUGGAAGUCUUGGAUGCCCCUUCUCUGUCUCCCAUGAGCCCCACGUCUCAUAGCAAGAUGGCGGGGAUUCAGGGGGCCACAGCGCAGAGCAUCCGGCCCUACAAGUCCAGCGAGCAGUACCUCUAUGCCAUGAAGGAGGACCUGGCUGAGUGGCUCAAGGAACUUUAUGACUUGGACAUCCACGUGGGCUCCCUCCUGGAGGUGCUGGAGACGGGCUCCGUGCUGUGCUACCAUGCCAACAAUAUCACCCACGUGGCCAGAGAGUUCGCUCAGGACUAUCCAGGCCUGGCCCACAAGCUCCAGCUGCCCAGAUACAGGGUGAUCUGUAAUGACUCUGCCCAACCAGGAACCUUCCAGGCCCGGGACAACGUGUCUAACUUCAUCCAGUGGUGCAGGAAAGAGAUGGAUAUUAAAGAGGUGCUGAUGUUUGAGACGGAGGACCUGGUGCUGAGGAAAAAUGAGAAGAACUUUGUGCUGUGCCUGCUGGAGGUGGCCCGCCGGGCCUCUCGCUUCGGGAUGAGCGCUCCCACCCUGAUCCAAAUGGAGGAGGAGAUCGAGGAGGAGAUCCGAGAGGAGAUGGCCCUCUCCCCUGAGGAUACCCCACUUCCGAAGCCCCAGAGGACGCCCUGUGACUUCAAGAACCUGGAUCAGAUGGUCCAUCACCUGGUGAGCCGGUGCACGUGCCCAGUCCAGUUCUCCAUGAUGAAGGUAUCUGAAGGGAAAUACCGCGUGGGUGAUUCCAACACCCUCAUUUUUGUCAGGAUCCUCCGAAAUCACGUGAUGGUCCGGGUUGGAGGGGGCUGGGACACACUGGAGCAUUAUCUGGAUAAGCAUGAUCCUUGCCGAUGCACCUCGCUGUCCCACAAGCAGCUGGUAAAGCUGACGAGCCCGCAAAGACUCACGGCAAUCCAGGUGCAGCACGAAAUCAAGGUCUGCCCGACGCCCAGGACAGACAAUCCAAAGAAGCCCCAUCCCACCAUGAUUGUAAGCCGGUCUCAAAGCCCGCUGCCCCCGGUGGAGUGGAGGACCUACACACCACCAAGCCUCAAUCCCAGCUGGAAGCUUCAUUCGUCCUCAUCGCCAGAGAGUGCCACCAGGAAGGAUUCCGGGCUCAGGCUCCCUCGGGAGCAGUCAAAGCCCCGGAAGGUCCCUUCAGGCAGGGCAGCACAGCGCCCUGCCACUCCCGCAUGGAGGCAGCUGCUUGCUGAGGAAAGACCCGCUUCUGAACAGAACUCUGCCCGCAGCGGGAGGGAGACGCUGCACGUGUCUGCGUCCUCCCGGACAUUGCAGCUGAUGGGAAGUGAAGAGGGUGGCUCCAGCGCCUCAGAAGCCCUUCUGGAGCCCCAGAGAGGGAGACAGACUAGUAGAGGCCCCGGGAUCAAUCAGAAGGAUCCAGCCAGGCUUCUGCAAACCAAGUGUGCAGACUCCAGGCCUCAGAUGACAGGGCCACAGGACAGCUCCGCUCUGCCACCCCGGAGUGCCCCGUAUGGAGUCAAACCCUUUCCACAGGCCCACAGGUCACAGGAAUCAGGGGUCAAACCCUUUCCUGGGAUGGUCCGUCCUUCCAGCCCAAUGAAAUCCCCAGUGAAACACAAGGGCCCGGAAAGUAGCACUAAGAUCCCAAUCCGAGCCAGCCCCGCAUUCCGCAGGUCCCCAACCCCUGCUCAGCGCUGCCAGGAGGAGCCCCAGCUCCGAAAUGGGUGGGGAGCCGGCGCGACGGCAGAAGUUCCAGCUUUUCCAAAGAGCACAGCGACCUCCCAGGCCACGCGUGGCUCAGAGGGGCACAUACAAGGCAGGGGGGCUGUCCAGCCAAAGACAUUAACCCCCAACCUUCCCACUGGCCCAAAAGACAGACUCGAACAGCCAGAUCCAGCCGGCAAGGACAAGGAGCCAAAGGCCACACUGGUGCCGGGGGAAGAGUCAGGGAACUCCAAUAGCAGCAGGAGUGGUGGAGACCCAGCUGACUGCACAGAAGAGAGGGAACGUGUGUAUACACCUCUGCCCAUCAACCGGGCCCAGGAGCAGGCCCUGUACAAGAGCCUAGAAGAUGAGAUCUUAUCCAACAUAAAGGUUCUAGAGGCUGACUCGGAUGAAAGCCACCAGCCUGGGGGAAACCAAAUGGGUGACUGUGCCCUGGACUGCAGCACAGGGCGCAUCACCGCAGCCAGGGACGUUAGUGAGCCGAGAUCCUCCACGCCCACCCUCUCUUCCCAAAGUGCCAGGCAGAGCGUGCCGUAUGGCAAGGGCGUGCCUCGGAGCGGUGUCUAUGUCCCUAGCGGAGAGGCACAAUGGCCCCCCGCUGGAUUCCGCUAUGGCAACGUGAUGGACGAACUCUCCCAGGGGCACAAGGCACUCCACCGGGUGGACGCGGAGGACUGGAUCACCAAGAUCCCUCCCACGCGGGUGGUGAGGGUUUCCUCUCAGUUAAGUUUGCCUCUGGUGAACGGAAACCAAGAGGAAAAGAAGCUUCUGGAGUCAGAAGGAAUUUCGUUCAAGGAGAAGGUGUCCAUAGAAACCAAAGGCAACAGGUCAAGGAAACAGCCAUCUCCCACAAGCCGCGCAGGGUCAGCUGCGGUCAACAGAAAUAGCAAAACGUCUCAGGCAGCCUCGGAUGGCCCCAAGGCAUCUAUCAAUUCUCCAGCCUCUGCAGGUGGCUUGGAGAAGUCCAGAUUGCCUCAAGGUAAGCCCAAAAGGUCCCUGAAGAAGCCUGAACGGGUGCCAUCCAUCUUCAAGCUAAAGCUACGCCCCAAAAUCCGCCCACGCAGGGACAACAGACCUGAAAAACGGCCAUCCAGAAUCCCCACUCCGGUGACCUAUAGGCAGGCACGGAGAGCGGCCAGAGCCAAAGGCCAGGAGAAGGCCCACAGCACAAAGCGUAAGACCCAGCCAAGUCAGGACGGCCUGGCCAGCACGCGGCAGAACAGCACAGGACAUGCAGCGCCUGAGGAAGAGGGUUGGCUUGUGGAGCACAGUGGCUCCCCCCAGGCAGAGGCCAAAGUGUGGCUUUCAGAGGAGGAUGAAGAAUCCUGGGUCUGAGGUCUUGCUGCUGGUGCCAAUUGUGCCUUCCAGUGAUCAGGGAGAAAAGACAGUGUCUACAGCUCUGUCUUUUCUACAGUAAGCCUCCAAGGUCUCCUCCAGCCCAACCAGAGAAACAGGGCUGGGACUCUAGUCCAAAUGGUGAGAAGCCAGUGAACAGAUAACGUUGGGGAUGAAGCCAUCUAUGAGCUGAAGUUCGCCCAAGUUCUCAGUUGAGUGGCUCCAAGAAGUAACUUCCUCAUUUGGGUCAUAGAAAUCAGACAUUUCCUUUAAGAAGGAAAAGACUCUAAGAGGCAGAUUUUCAAAGGGGCUUUGCUCUGACCCUCAAAAACUGCCGGUACAAUUUUGGGCUCGCUCCUGGUUUUUGAACAUGCACUAACGUUUUUAGGUGAAAAAUUGAGCCUGCAAUUUGGGAUGAGGCGUCUUUUGAAAACUCGGUCCCAGGGCUGGAACUAAGAACAGAACUUAGAGCCAAGAGUGAAAAAGGCUAAUCUAAGAAAAGAUCUAAUGGCGUGGUACAAUGAAAGCCAUGGUUUUUUUAUCAGCAGAUAGAAUAUCAGAAGAUAGAUAUUUUAGUGCGCGAAUACUAUCAGCAGGGGGAGAUGCAGAUGAUAGGUAUAAUCAUUUUCUCCUUAUCCCUUUGGUGUGGAGACUCAUACCAAAUCCAUUGUCAUCUUUUUCUUUGACAAUGUACUUCCAAAUUCCCUUCUCAGUUAAUCUGGUGGAUAUCCAGGAAUGCUGUACCUGUGGAAUUGGGAGAAGAAUUUGGCACAUAAAUUGCAACUACAGAGGCCAAUUUACCCCAUGCAGAGAGAGAAGAAAGAGCAUGGCCCUGUUAGAGCAGGCCUAACUGGGUUCAAAUAAUUAAAAUUCCUCUCUGCCUCAGUUUCCCCAGCUGUAAAAUGGGACUAAUAAGGCUUGCCUCCUAAUACACCAAGAAGCUUAAUGAAUAUUUGUAAAGCACAUUGAGUUCCUCAGGUGACAUGCACAAGAGGAAGGCACAUUGUCCUAAAUCCCUGGGUCAAUCCCAGUGGGAAUUCCAAGUGCACUUGUGGGACAAGUAUAGACCUUUAGAAAAAGUUCCUCAAAAUUGCUCCAUCUUUUAUAUGCAAUGGGCUACAUGCCAUCCUCACUCUGUUCACAGAAUUCUUGUUGAAUCCAAAGGGAGUUUUCUAAAACACUAAAAAUGGAGUAUCAUUGUGUGAAUUGUGUCAAAGUCCCUAAGUGGUACUGCCCCCUUUUUCUAGAAGAUACUAAAGCCAAAUACUCAGCACAUGUCAAUUUUAUUUACUUCAGCUUGUGAUGUAGGCCACAAUUGCCUGCAUUUUAUGGCAGGUAUAUUUUUAAGUUUGGCAUCAUUAUUGUUAAACCAGGAGCCAUCAAUGCAUUUGAAAUAGGAAAUUACUUGAAAUGACAAGCACUGAAAGAACCAUAACAAUACGAUCAGAUGUGGGACUGGCUUUUAACCAGCAGGCCAGUUCUAGCGAUGCCCUGUGAGAUCACCAGAGACCUACAGGGACCAUCCACAGUGUCUUGAUACCUGUGAAUGCCCUGUGUAAUUUUUGUGUGCAUUCUGCUGUAACGAUUGGAAAUAGGAUUUGAGGUGAUUAUUAAUAAUGCUGCUUAUUCCAGUUAGCCAUUGCAUUCCUAAACAUGGUGGUGGCAGCAGGGGAAGUGAAGCGACACGGUGCCACUCCUUAGGUGCCAGCCACAUCACUCCAUCUCCCGUUGGUGAAGGCAGGGGGACACUCCCACCUCUCCCCUAGCAGCUGGGGGAGCAAAGUCAUGUUGCUCAGCUUCCCUCUCACUGGUGCACGAGUGCAGGAGGGACAGACCCCUGUUGUGGGCACCAGGCUUCUCCCAUUUCCCCCCUCACUAGUCCCCCAGGGCGCCAAGAGGCUCUGGCCCUUUGCCCCUCCCACCGGGGGCCUUUGGGCAGGCACGACACGGCCCCUCAGCUCCCCGUUACAUGUCACCAGCGACGAACGCUCUGUUCAGUGUUAGAAGCAUGUUACGGACUUUUGUCUUAUUUGUAACCAGCAAUGUUUCCAUUUUUCAUACUCUGUAAUAACUUGAAUCGGAGAAUCUCUGGUUGUGGCUAAUACUGUUUUUAGGGCAGUUUUUUUUAGGGUUGGGGUGCAGACUGUGGUCUUGGAUUAAGGGAUUUGGAGUCUGAGAGGGGCUCUGAGCUGAGCUUGGGGCAGGCAGCUGUGGUGCUGGAGUGGGUUCUAGGUGCAGGUUCCGGGAGGGUCUUUGGAUGCAUGGGGGCUCAGGGCUAGGACAGGGGCUUGGGAUGUAGUAGGGGGCUCAUGACUGAGGUAGAGGGGUUCAGGAUGUGCACUACAGCUGGGCACCUAGAUGAUGCUGCACUGAUGGGGGAGUGAGACUAAGGCAGGCUCACCCCUGCCCUGGCCCUGCACCACUCCCAAAAGCAGCUAACAAAUUUGCUCUAUCCCUAGUCCUGUUGUGCCCCCUCUCUGCUCUGUGGAGA